AUGAUUGAAAUAUCUACUUUAUUUAAACAGCUAAACCGUCAGACAGCAUUAGAAUCUAUACAGCGUGAAGCAGCAAUUGCAGAACCUGCGAUACCCUACACAGCUUUGUGCGAUAAAAGUGCUAAUGAGUGCUCAGAAAAGCAAUGCGGUACUUGCAACAAGAUCCACUUUGAUGCUAUUGUUGCUAGCAAUACUGAUGUUUCUUUGGGAGAUUGUUCUUAUCUUAAUACUUGUUUUAAAGGGAAAAACUGUCGCUAUGUGCACUAUCACAUUUCUCUACCCGAUAAAGUGCAGAAAAAGAUACAAGAGCAGUCUAAGUUUGAUACCUUUAUCUACCCAUGUGAAGGUGUUAUACACAGAAAGGAGCUUACCAUGCAAUGGAUCAAUAUUGAUGUUCGAAAGCUGGAAUUUUCGGCGUUAGGUCAAUUUGCUAUUGUUAUUGCAGAUCUAGCACCAUGGGAUAUUCAUACAAACACUAUCAGUCAUACUCCGCAUAUUCAUGAAGCAACUUCUGAUGAAGACAUGCUGCAGUUCCACAUGGAGUGUUUGCAGACUGAAGGAGUCUUUUUCUUAUGGGUCACAGGCCGUGCCAUUGACAUUGGGCGUAAGUGUUUGCGCAAGUGGGGUUACAAGCACAUUGAGGAGCUGAUUUGGUGCAAGACCAACCAGUUAAGUCGAACUAUUUGCACAGGCCGUACUGGUCACUGGCUUAACCAUUCGAAAGAGCACGUUCUCAUGGGAAGAGUCAAAGGUAACCCACAGUGGCUUGCUCGUCGGCUAGAUGUUGACGUGAUUGUUUCAGGGACCCGUGAAAAGAGCCACAAGCCUGACGAGUUGUAUCAUAUUGCAGAGCGAAUGGCUGGGAAGCAUUCGCGUAAACUUGAACUAUUUGGUGGUUUGCGUAACCUAAGACCGGGUUGGCUAACUAUUGGAAAUGAAUUGGGUAGUACGCAUCUGGUAGAGCCUGCGUUGGUUGAAAAGUUUGGUGGAACGGCUUAA